AUGAACUCGAAGAACCUGAAGAAUUUUUUGAAGUCUUCUUUGAACGAGAUCUUCAGAGCUACUGUGGAUAAUAUCCAGGACUCUGUGGAUCAGACCCUGGCUAAGUACCAAGGAGAGAUUCGGAGGAUCAACACAGAGAUCGAGACUCUGAAGAAGAGACUGCAAGCACAAGAGUCUGUACAAUGUAAACUAGAAGCCGUUUCAGUAAUAAACUCUAAGACCCUGAAGACUUUCCUAGAGUCUUCUUUGAGCGAGAUCUUCAGAACUACUGUGGACAAUAUCCUGGACUCUGUUGAUCAGACCCUGGAUGAGUACCAAGGAGAGGUUCGAAGAAUCGCCACAGAGAAUGAGACUCUCAGGAAGAGACUGCAAGUACAAGAGACUGUACAGUGUAAACUGGAUUCAGUCGCAAUAAUGAACUCGAAGAACCUGAAGACUUUCCUAGAGUCUUCUUUGAACGAGAUCUUCAGAGCUACUGUGGAUAAUAUCCAGGACUCUGUGGAUCAGACCCUGGCUAAGUACCAAGGAGAGAUUCGCAGGAUCAACACAGAGAUCGAGACUCUGAGGAAGAAACUGCAAGGACAAGAGUCUGUACAAUGUAAACUAGAAGCCGUUUCAAUAAUGAACUUGAAGAACCUGAAGACCUUCCUAGAGUCUUCUUUGAACGAGAUCUUCAGAGCUACUGUGGAUAAUGUCCUGGACUCUGUUGAUCAGACCCUGACUAAGCUCCAAGGAGAAAUUUGGAGAAUCACCACACAGAACGAGAGUCUCAAGAAGAGACUGGAGUCAGGGCAGAAGAUCGUUGCUGGUUCGGACUUACCGAGCCAGACUUUGCAUCCUCAAGCUGAUGGGUCCAGACUUGUGAGUGGUCAAAGUAAGAACCUUAAGAGACAGAUGGGAGAUCAGAUCAGUACACCAUCAAACUCCAGACCAAAAUUAUUGAAAUCAAGCCACUUUUCACCCAGGAAUGAAACCGUCCUAGUAACUAAAGACGUUUCGGUUAACACCGUACCGUCUGUUAAGAUCGACCCUGAGGAUGACACUGGGUCUGACGGUGAACUCUCGAAGCAUCGGUCGGUUGAUUUCAGAACUAUUAAAGCCGAGGGCCCGGAAGACAGUGUUUCAGAAUGUACCAUAGAUAGUGAUGGUGAGGUUCAAGUAACCAUGGUGUCUAAGAAGCACGUGAGCAGAACUAAGAGUGACGAUGAGGGCAGUGAUGUGGAGCAUUAUGAAGCAGAGAAAUCAGGACUCACCAUAUCUGAGGAAGAUCCAGCUCAUGAUGCCAUCCCCGAAGACAGUUUUGAAGAUGACAGUUUGCCUGUAGAGGCACACCAGGGCUUUUUGGGAGCGUUCCAAUCAACACAGAUGUCCAAAAUAACACCGCUGAACCAAGGCAAAGUCUACCACUGUGCCCUGUGCGAUAAGAGAUAUGGCAGCACGACGGCACUCAACAACCACAUGAAGACUCAUAACUCGGAGAGGGAGCACAUCUGCGGUUACUGCGGCAAAGGCUUUAGCCGGAUCGACCUCUUGAAGAGCCAUGAACGCACCCAUACAGGUGAGAAACCGUACGCCUGUAACCUGUGCGACAAGAGUUACGGCCAUCAGGGUCAGCUUCGGAUCCAUAAACGAACCCACACUGGCGAGAAACCCUACGCUUGCCCACACUGCGAGAAACGCUUCACUGAGCACAACCAGCUCAAAGUGCAUCUCCGAACUCACACUGGCGAGCGCCCGUAUUCCUGCAGCGUGUGCACCAAGACCUUCGCCAGCGCCGGCAACCUGAGGAUCCACCUCCGGAUUCAUAGCGGAGAGAAGCCGUACUGUUGUGGGCAAUGCGACAAGAGGUUCAACAGUCUGGGCGACCUCAAAACGCACCAGCGCAUUCACACCGGGGAGCGGCCGUACCACUGCGACCUGUGUAAAAAGACGUUCAGCCAGGCCGGGCACCUGAGCAUUCACAUGCGCAUGCACACCGGGGAGAGGCCGUACAUGUGCGGCAUAUGCGCUCGGACCUUUACCGUGGCCAGCAGCCUCAAGCUUCAUCAGCUCACUCACACUGGAGAAAAGCUGCACACGUGUCCACACUGCGACAAGAGCUUCAGCAGGGCCAGCCACCUCAAGAGGCAUGAGCACGUCCAUGCCAAGGAGGUCAAUGCGGCGAAGGGGCCAAAUGAGUCUUCCCCUAAAAAGGACCAAGAGAUUCACAGUGUAGAUGAAGUACAAGUAUAAGAAUAGUGAAUCUGAACAUGGUAGUUGUUACAGUGAAGGUGUUUACGUGUACCGAUAUUCCAGAUAUUACCAAAUUUUGCCAGUUGUGACUUUCUUAACAUCUGUCAGUGCUCAACAUUGAUUUUAAACUGGGGGUCUCCAUCCUCCUUUAUUACUGUAGUUUUAAGCUAGAAACGUAGAGUUGA